AUGGUGAAAUUGACGUACUCACCUACGGAAACCAUGUAUGCCGACUGUCUCACAAAAAAUCUACCGAAAGCCACAUUCAUCAGGCUUCUCGAACUAAGUCAAUCCCACGGCACACGCCACGAGGAAUCAAAGAAAGCACUACGGGACAAAUCGGACAAGGGUAAAGAGAAUUAUAGGGCAAUCUCGGUAAACGAGAGCAACGUAUGCGACACAGCAUCAUGUGUAAAAACGUUCUUCCGCAGAACGAAGAUUUUUCGUGCAGAAUUUCACUCAGCAAAUUAUGGAGCACACGUACAUACAGACGAAUAUUCGAUUCAUGAACGGCAACAUCACCCUGCCGAGCAGCGUGAUGGAGGUACAUAG